CUGUCGGGUUUGCGAUUGGGCGACGCACAGAUGUGCGACGAGCGUCUGCGCGCUGUGGGCGGGAAUAGGCAUGUUUAUAAACCAGAGUACGCGCGCCGUGGGCGGGAAGACUGGAGCGAGAAAGUAGCGAUUCAAGAGAGAGAAGAGAAAGCGAGAGGACGCGCGGCAGCGACGGGCGGCUGUGGCUGACUGGAGCUCGCGGAGGAGGCGCGGCUUCCACUGCCCCUCCAACCUAAGCAACAGAUGUAUGGACGACCACCUCAGCCUCCUCCACUCUCCUCCUCCAUCCUCAACCAAGCACCGGGGCAACAACCUCGUGAACCACGGCUACACCGAGAACGAGCAGGGCAUCAUGACAAUUGUUGCGUGUGACAACAUGCAGGAGGAGUCGGCGGCGCUGCCCGGGCAUCACUCGCUCGAGCGCUACGAGCUAGACCACGAGUGUUGCGAGAGAGUUGUCAUCAACAUAUCAGGCUUGCGUUUCGAGACACAGCUCAAAACCCUUUCUCAGUUCCCCGAGACUUUACUUGGAGACCCCAAGAAGAGAAUGCGCUACUUCGACCCCUUACGAAACGAGUAUUUCUUUGACAGAAAUCGCCCCAGCUUCGAUGCCAUCUUAUAUUACUACCAGUCAGGGGGGCGGAUACGGAGACCUGUCAACGUUCCCAUUGACAUCUUCUCCGAAGAGAUACGCUUCUACGAACUUGGCGAGGAAGCCAUGGAGAAAUUCAGAGAGGACGAGGGCUUUAUAAAAGAGGAAGAGCGCCCGUUACCCACAAACGAAUUCCAGCGACAGGUGUGGUUGCUCUUCGAGUAUCCAGAGACCUCUGGUCCAGCCAGGGGUAUCGCAAUCGUCUCAGUCUUGGUCAUUUUAAUAUCUAUCGUGAUCUUUUGUUUGGAAACGUUACCCGAGUUUCGGGACGACAAAGACCCCACGACUGUCGCUCCCCUUUUAAACGGAACUCUCCCUUACCUCACGAGUCCCUUCUCGGACCCAUUUUUCGUCGUCGAGACGCUUUGUAUCAUUUGGUUUUCGUUCGAACUGCUCGUCAGAUUCUCCGCGUGCCCGAGCAAAGCCACGUUCUCCAAAAACAUAAUGAACAUCAUUGACAUCGUGGCCAUCAUACCCUAUUUCAUCACACUGGGAACAGAACUGGCGGAAAGGCAAGGUAACGGCCAGCAGGCGAUGUCUUUGGCCAUUCUCCGGGUCAUCAGACUAGUCCGUGUGUUUAGGAUUUUCAAACUAUCGCGGCACUCUAAAGGUCUCCAGAUCUUGGGGCAAACGCUCAAAGCCAGCAUGAGAGAGCUGGGUUUGCUCAUAUUCUUUCUCUUCAUCGGGGUUAUAUUGUUCUCGAGCGCCGUCUACUUCGCCGAGGCAGACGAUCCUGACUCGGGCUUCAACAGCAUCCCUGAUGCGUUCUGGUGGGCGGUGGUAACCAUGACGACCGUGGGAUACGGCGACAUGCAUCCAGUCACCAUAGGGGGCAAAAUCGUUGGCUCCCUGUGUGCGAUUGCGGGCGUGCUAACCAUCGCUUUGCCAGUGCCUGUUAUAGUGUCCAAUUUUAACUACUUUUACCACCGAGAGACUGAGGGAGAGGAGCAGGCUCAGUACUUGCACAUUGGCAGCUGUCAGCCUUUGUCCUCCUCCGAGGAGCUCAAGAAGACGCGUAGCACGUCGUCUCUCAGCAAGUCGGAGUACAUGGUCAUUGAGGAGGGCAUCAACAGCACCUUCAAGCAGCCAAACUUCCCCGCUCCGAACAACCAGAACUGCGUAAACAUUAAAACGAUGUUCACAGACGUGUAGACUUUUUUAUGUCUGAGAACCACGGCAGCUUUCCAGGCGUACCAAUAAUCGUGAUGUGCGUAAAGGCACAGUCUUGACGGUCAAGUGCUGAGUGUGUCGUUUUAUACAAUCGAGGGGAAAUUAUUACACGUGUUUUACGCACGUUCCCAUGCACCUGUUCCAUGUGAGAAUAAAGACAUUUUUGGCUUGCGAUCUAUUUAGGGUACAGUCAUUCAUAUAGGCAAUACGUUAAAUAAUACAUCGACUUAAUUGAUAUUCGAAUGUGCUCAUUGCUUAUUUAUUGCAUAGCCUACAUUGACAUUGGCUGUCAAUUGUCUGAAAGAGGUAGGUUAUUUAAAGAUAUUGCAUAUUUUCUUACAUUAUGGACAAACGUCGUUCGGAUAACAUGUCACUUGUUGGAAUAGCAUACAAAUACUUCGUGCGUUUCUAUUGUGUGUUUUUGUCUCGUCAAGAGUAGGCCUAUGUUCCAUAUCAUGUGGGAAAAUGACGCAUAAGAUGCUAUAAGUGCACGUUUGCUCUGCUAUUGGCGCAGACUUAGAAACAUAAGAAUUUCGACCUGAAAUAUAAUUCGAGCACACAUCUCAUGACUUUUUAAAGUGCGCCUAUAACGGACAGAGGGUGGGGAACGAUCAGAGACUGAAAGCGCUUUCGACUGGAUACUUCUAAUCACGUCGGAGUGAUGCAGUCUCCAUAGCGACGAUGCGAUCCCGCUAUUGUUGCCAUGGCAUCCUUUUUGGUUUCCACAGUAAACCUCCAGAAUAGUGUCAAGUCUGGAAGAUCAUAGCCAAAUUAGCUAAUAUGACCUGCCACCAUUCUGGAAUCUAAACUGAAACCACAGGACCACAACUACACUAUCCAUAUUAAGAAACUGUUGGCUGCUGGAAGUUCCCAACUAUUAAGCCACACUCUGGGAGAAAGUGCAAUACAUGUUUAAUCACUGAACUGUCAAACAAAAACACUGUCUAACUGGCACAAAGUAAAACAUUAAUGAGUGUUGAAUCACAACCGCCUGCCGACACACUGUUUCAUUCACAAGAAGCUGCUCUGCCUACGCCAAAUGCUUUGAGUAGCCUGCCAUCUCUAUUCCCAUAUAGGAUGGACAUCUGGCCUCGUUAUAAUAAACAGAAAUGAGAAAAGGAGACAGAAGAGCGUUGAAGCUUUAAAGGAGUUCAAUCUCUAAAGGCCGGAUUGCCUGUGUGGACCCCAGCUUGCCAAACGUAGGCGCUUGUGGACUGUUCCCUUCUCCUCCAAAUUUACAGGAGGAGGUGCCUUGUAAAACCCCGCCCCCUCCAGCCUCCGGGCCCUGAUUCCCCCUGGCUAGACAGCCCCAGCACACCACUUGCCUUUUCUGCCUUCAGUAUCUAUUUUCCAAAAGAAGAUGGACGUCUAUGUUCAUGUGCUGUUUUUGCUGCUACAUGUAAGACUCUUAACUCCACGUAAGUGCUCUGACAUGCCCCCCCCCGUCGGUCAAGCGGUGUCUGGGGAGGGUGUGUGUGCUAGUUAUGCUAAAUCCAUCAGUUGUGUCAUCAGGCUGUGAUGUCGUCAUUGACGUUGCUGUAUAAACCGAUAGUCAUAAAUGUGA